AUGACUGAUGGCAAGAAAUUAUCAAAGAAAACAGUAGGUAAUGUCAUCAGGGCCCAGUUGUUCGAAAACCGAUUAGCACUAACCCAGGAUUAUAAUAUUAUUAUGUUAAUCUGGGUUUCUUAUUCUUCUGUGGUUCAAGAGCAUUUUCUUGGAUAAUUUUCUCUGUUCGUUACAGAGCACCAAAUCACUACAUUGCAGGCAAAAAGAAUUAAACUGAAUUUUCUUUGUAAGCUUUCAUAUCUGAUUUUAAACUUCACACUAACCCUGCUUUGAACAAUCCAGCCCAGGUCCUUAAUUAGGUACCGGUAUAUGAAAGUAUCUUAGCAGUGUCAUAGGUGAUUUCCCUUAUGAUGUCAGUGAUCGUCACAUUACUUUAAUCGGCAAUCUAAAGGAUUUUAAAGUUGUUUGGCACAUGUUUGUAAAAAAAUUGCAAGAGAAAUUUCCACAAUCAGAAGAGCAGCUACAUUGUAUGCUAGCAAAAAGUGGUUAUCAGUACAACUGAAAAAUAGGUUUGGGCUUCCCCACUGAAUCCCGCAAACUCUGCGGUGAAAUUUCGUGACUAUUCAAAGCUCUCAUUUGUACCGGGGCGGGAUCCUAAUAAUUUCAUAAAAGUUAGGGUCCAGGAGAUUAUCAACCAGAACAAUCUUCAGAACAUUGAAACUUUUCAAUAAAUAAGUAUAUAAAUAAAUAAUAGUUUAGAGGUAGCACAUCUGCUAAGUGGUUCUUCAUCCACUUGAUUUCCUGGUUGAAUUAAAAUUUGAAAAUGAUGGUUUUUGAGAGGAGGGGAAAACUGGAGUACAUGAAGAAUAACCUCUCGAAGCAAAGGAGAGCACCAACAACAAACUCAACCCACAUGCGGUGUUGACACCAGGAUUUGAACCUGGGCCACAAUGGUGGGAGGAGAUCAAGUACUCUCACCAGUGCACCACCCUUGCUCCUCUAUAUAUGUAAUUGGCCCUGGAAAGGUUUUGAAUGAUGUAUGAAAAUGACAAAUUAGUGAUAGUUGUGAUCCUACCAGCCAUGGGAUCAGAGCAUUUUGGGGGGACAUGUGGCAGGGGUCGGCCAAUUUUUCAAACUAUGCUCACUGUGGAAAAUACUUCAAUUUAUCCCCAUUAAACACGAAGUUCUAAAAAUCAGUCCUGUUUCCUUAAAAUUAAAGCGAUAUAGAGAAGAAGUGUGACGUCACAUUACCAUGGUAGCAGAAUUUCUGGAUCACAACAUUAGAGAGCUAAACCAACGACGACGGCGAAGGCAACAAGAACCAGUGAAAAAGUAAUAGCAAAACAGCAAUGCUGCACGUGCAUCGCACUCUUGUAGACUUCGUAACAGUCGUUGCACAACUGUGACAAAAAACUUCCUAAUUUCAUGUGCCUUCUUUCUGGAGUAGGUGAACACAACGCAAAAUUUUCUUUUUCUUUUUCUUAACUUUCGGAUGCAACUCCAGAAAAUUUCGCCAACAUUUGACAAAUUUAAAUGAAAUUGAAUAAGAUCGAUGAAGUAUGAAACAGUGCGAAUUAACUUUUUAAGUGACGUUUUUGUUUUGUUGUCAUCCAGAAAAUGUGCUACCAUGGCAACGUGUUGUGACAACUUCUCUUUUCUAUUCCUUUUCACCAAGCUGCCUAUUCCAAAUUUUGCAGAUGACGCUCCGCCCAUGAUGAUCCCUGAAGAACAUGAUGCAAGGACAAGAUGAUUUAAUGAUAAUUAUUUAGCUUUACUUGUUUUUAUUACCUAAUAUUACCUAAUAUUAUUGAAAAACUGUAAGUAAUUAGGGUUGAUGUUUCUACGUCUUUAAGAAAAAGGGUAUAAUGAUAGAGUAAACACCCAUGUUAGUACCAAUUUUAUCUAAUAACACGUCAAAAUGAGUCUAGAUCACAAUGUUAACGUAAGAAUUAAGUAUAAGGAUAUCGCUAUGCUUAUAUUAAGAGUGCGCGUGUUAUUAAUAUGUUACAGUAAUUAAUUAGCUGAGAACGGUUUGAUAAUCACAAAAAUUAAGUGAGCGCGUGUUAUUUAUCUAGUGAUUAAUUUAAGACCGGUAUGUUGCAUCGCUUAUGUAAGAAUUAAGAAUGUCUGCAUGUUAUUAAUAUAGUGAUUAAUUCACUACAGGGUCCUUGCAAUGUUUAUGCGACAAUUAAGAGUGUGCAUGUUAUUUAUUUAGUGAUAAGUUUACUAAGGUGAAUUGCAAUGCUUAUGUAAGAAUUAAGAACGCACACGUGUUUUAAUUUAGUAAUUAAUUUACUUAGAAUAGAUUGCAAUCUCAUAUCAGAAAUUGAGUGUCUGUGUGUUAUUUAUUUAAUGCUUAUAUUACUAUGAGGAUAUUGCUAUGUUUAUAUUAAGAGUGCGCGUGUUAUUGAUAUUUAGUAAUUAAUUAGCUGAGGACGAUUUGAUAAUCAUAAAAAUUAAGUGAGCGCGUGCUAUUUAUCUAGUGAUUAAUUUAAGACUGGUAUGUUGCAUCACUUAUGUAAGAAUUAAGAAUGUCUGCAUGUUAUUAAUAUAGUGAUUAAUUCACUACAGGGUCCUUGCGAUGUUUAUGCAACAAUUAAGAGUGUGCAUGUUAUUUAGUGAUACGUUUACUAAGGUGAAUUGCAAUGCUUAUGUAAGAAUUAAGAAUGCACACGUGUUUUAAUUUAGUAAUUAAUUUGCUAAGAAUAGAUUGCAAUCUCAUAUCAGAAAUUGAGUGUCUGUGUGUUAUUUAUUUAAUGCUUAUAUUACUAUGAGGAUAUUGCUAUGUUUAUAUUAAGAGUGCGCGUGUUAUUGAUAUUUAGUAAUUAAUUAGCUGAGGACGGUUUGAUAAUCAUAAAAAUUAAGUGAGCGCGUGCUAUUUAUCUAGUGAUUAAUUUAAGACCGGUAUGUUGCAUCGCUUAUGUAAGAAUUAAGAAUGUCUGCAUGUUAUUAAUAUAGUGAUUAAUUCACUACAGGGUCCUUGCGAUGUUUAUGCAACAAUUAAGAGUGUGCAUGUUAUUUAGUGAUACGUUUACUAAGGUGAAUUGCAAUGCUUAUGUAAGAAUUAAGAAUGCACACGUGUUUUAAUUUAGUAAUUAAUUUACUAAGAAUAGAUUGCAAUCUCAUAUCAGAAAUUGAGUGUCUGUGUGUUAUUUAUUUAAUGUUUAACUUACUAUGAGGAUAUUGCUAUGCUUAUAUUAAGAGUGCGUGUGUUAUUAAUAUCUAGUAAUUAAUUGGUUGAGGACGGUUUGAUAAUCGUAAAAAUUAAGUGAGCGCGUGUUAUUUAUCUAGUGAUUAAUUUAAGACCGGUAUGUUGCAUCGCUUAUGUAAGAAUUUAGAAUGUCUGCAUGUUAUUAAUAUAGUGAUUAAUUCACUACAGGGUCUUGCAAUGUUUAUGCGACAAUUAAGAGUGUGCAUGUUAUUUAUUUAGUGAUAAGUUUACUAAGGUGAAUUGCAAUGCUUAUGUAAGAAUUAAGAAUGCACGUCUUUUAAUUUACUAAGAGUAGAUUGCAAUCUCAUAUCAGAAAUUGAGUGUCUGUGUGUUAUUUAUUUAAUGCUUAACUUGCUACGAGGGUAUUGCAAUGCUUAGUAAUUAACAGUGCGUGCGUUUUAUUAAUCUGGUAAUUAACUUACCACAAGGGUAUUGCAAUGCUUAUGAAAAGUUGCUUCUGACAGUUUAGUAUAAUAGAACCGACUAGUAUUUUCCUGCGUUCAACUUGUUAAUUAGCAGGAAAAUAUGCUCUCAUCGGUAUCUUAUGUUUGUUUAGGCGUGUGCGCUGGUAUGUGGGUAAUUAGUAGGGGUAUAUAUUUGGGCGUGCUGGAUUUGUCUUUCAUCUCGGUCUUGCUGUUCCAGCGUUCGGGUCAUUUUUAUUUGUUUUUGUCUUUUAAGGGUGUGUGUGUGUUCUUUUUGCUUAUAUUUUGCAGAUGUUUUCAGCUCUACUAUGUGGUCGGAUCUUCGGGCUGCGGUUCCCCAGGGAUCCAGUGCUUUACAAUCCCUUGCAAGUUCUCUUCCGGAUGUUGCGUUGGCUAGCAGAGCACCCAGUACUUCCGCCA